GCCGUGGUUUCCAAAAUUCAGCGAAAUUCGUCAAUCCUGAUCUAUUUCGUUUACUAUAAUGUCGACCAAGAAGUCUUUACCAACAAAAUUGAAACCAGUAACAAAGGAAAAUGCGAAAAAUGAGAAAUCCAAAAUUUGGGAUAGUCUUCAAGUGCAGGAACUGGUGGAGAAAUUGGCAACAGAGAUUUCCAAUGAAGUGGUCAGUAAUACGGUACGCAAGGCUGUUGCGAGUACUGAAUUUACAAAGGACCUGCUCAAUAUCACAGUACGUAAGGCCGUUCAAAGUGCGGAAUUAUUAAAGAAAUAUCCCCCACUUCCCGACAAUAUGCGAAAGCUCGCCGAACCAAAAACGGCCACAUACAUAGCUUUGUACAAUAAACAUCGCAAUAUUCUCCGACCGAAGGCAGUCGGUUCUGUCAAGAUGAAAAUAUCGGACUAUCUACAAAAAAUCGAAGAAAUUUCGUUACAGAACCUACUUGACAAGGUUUCCCAAAAAGACAGCAGGAAACAACGGAAGACGGAAGCAAAGAAAGCACAAAAGGAAAAAGAAUUUGCGAAUUUUUGCGACGAAAAGUGUGACGAAAUUUUCAAUUUAUUUUUGAAAAAAUUCACAGAGACUUUCAACGCUGACAGAGAGAUACCUAAGCCAUUAAUACUAGGCUCAAGUUCAUUAACACUGUACCAGAGUAUUCAAGGUCAAAUUUCGGAAUUAAUCAGUCCGAAAAAAACUGUAGAGGCUGCGCAAGCUUUGGUACCCGUUAAACCAACCGUAAAACGAUUAAUGAGUGCAGGACAAACUUCGAAACAAACAUUGGAAGCUAAGAAAAGUACAGAUUUGCACAAUUCCCGAAAGACAACCGAUAAAACGACGGAUAAAAGAACUGAUAGCGCUGCAACUGCAGCGCCAUUAGUAAAGAACACUGGUGAUGCAGAAAAUACCAAAGAAAACGCAGAAACUAAAGAAAUUGUUGAUAAAUUGUCGUAUUUUCUCAUGGAAUUUGUUCAAAAUUCGUUAGUCGAAGCUGUGUCAGUGUAACAUUAAAAGAACAAAUUCCCAAAAAUUGUU